GUUCCUUUCUUCUCCCCCAAUCCAACGCCGAAAACAAUUUCGAGAAAAGAAGAGAGAGAGAAGCAGAAGAACACGAAGCUAGCUCUCCUCCCCAUCCUCGUCUCCGACUCGCUCACGAUCCGACAUCAGGAUGGCCGGAUCGAUGGAACUCCCCGCCAAGGGCGGCUUCAGCUUCGACCUCUGCCGCAGGAACGCCAUGCUCGAGAAGAGCGGACUCAAGAUGCCCGGCUUCUUGAAGACCGGGACUACCAUCGUCGGACUCGUGUUUAAGGAUGGAGUUGUUCUUGGGGCAGACACAAGGGCAACUGAGGGACCUAUAGUUGCUGAUAAGAACUGCGAGAAGAUUCACUUUAUGGCACCAAACAUAUACUGCUGUGGUGCUGGAACUGCUGCUGACACGGAGGCUGUGACAGAUAUGGUGAGCUCCCAGCUACAACUUCACCGCUAUGCUACUAGUCGCGAGUCAAGAGUUGUGACCGCUCUUACACUACUGAAGACACACCUGUUUAACUACCAAGGCCAUGUCAGUGCUGCCCUGGUUCUUGGUGGAGUAGAUGUAACUGGACCACAUCUACACACUGUUUAUCCGCAUGGAUCCACAGAUACUCUUCCUUUUGCCACGAUGGGUUCUGGAUCCCUUGCCGCAAUGUCUGUGUUUGAAUCGAAGUACAAAGAAGGCCUCACUAGGGAGGAGGGAAUACAACUUGUAGCUGAUGCUAUCCGUGCUGGUAUCUUCAAUGACUUGGGUAGUGGCAGCAAUGUGGAUGUUUGUGUAAUAACCCAGGGGGGAACAGAGUACUUGAGAAACCACGAGGAACCAAAUCCAAGGACCUACGUUAGCUCGAAGGGUUUCAGCUUCGCCACGGGGCAUACUGAGGUACUGUCCACAAGGGUCAGACAGAUAGGGCCUGUAGUUGCUGAGGGUGGGCCUGUAGUUGCUGAGGGUGAUGUCAUGGAAGAAGGUUUAUAAUCUUAUGUGCUUACAUUCGGAUAAGCAGUCAUAUUCUGAAUUUAUGCAUUUCUGUUUUUCUCAGCAGAGAUGCUAGAACUAAAAAUGGGUGUAUUUUGUUGUACUCCCUGAACUUAGUGGAGACCUUCAUGUUAAAGAUGUCUCUAUGUCCACGGAUGCUUGAUUCAGAUGUGAUGAUUUACUUGUUUGUGAUGCCA